AUGGCUGCAUCCUUGGUGUUCAGACUGCACGACAGAGGCCCCGAGCUGGUGAGGGAGGUGCUUCUGGAGCGAGGCUGGGAGGAGUAUAAUGAAGGAGAGCGUGAGGAGGAAGACUGGAACCUUUACUGGAGAGGCUCUUUAUUUCAGACCUCACAAUAUCACAACCUGCUGCCGUGGCAACGCCUCAACCACCAUCCUAAAACUGUUGGCAUCACACGCAAGGAUUGCUUGGCACGCAACCUGAGGAGAAUGAAAGCAACAUUUGGUUCAGCUCUCUAUGACUUCAGUCCCACCACUUUCAUCCUCCCCAAUGACUACACCUGCUUCCUGGCUGAGUACAACAGACUGCGUCUGGCCAGAGGAACAUCGGUCUACUGGAUAGUUAAGCCUGUGGAUCUCUCCAGAGGCCGAGGGAUCUUCAUCUUCGAGGAUAUUAAAGACUUGGUUUAUGAUUGCUCUGUUGUCAUUCAGAGGUACAUUAGCAGCUCUCUGCUGAUCUCCGGCUACAAGUUUGACUUGAGGAUUUACGUGUGUGUGAAGAGCUUUCAUCCGCUGACUGUGUACAUUCAUCAAGAAGGCCUGGUGCGUUUUGCCACUGAGAAGUUCAACCUGUCAUCUCUGCAUAACCUGUAUGCUCACCUCACUAACACCAGCAUCAACAAGUUCGGUCCCUUCUACAAAACUGAAAAAGGAAGAGUGGGUCGGGGAUGUAAGUGGACCAUGAGCAAAUUCAGACAUUUUCUCCACAGUCAACAGAUCAACGAGCUGCUUCUGUGGCAGAGGAUCAACAACAUCGUCACUCUGACCCUCCUCGCCAUUGCUACAUCAGUGCCCUCCUGUCCUAACUGUGUGGAGUUGUUUGGAUUUGACAUCCUCAUAGAUGCCAAGUUUAAGCCCUGGCUGCUGGAGGUCAACUACAGCCCUGCACUCACACUGGACUGCCAAGCUGAUAUUUCAGUGAAGAAAAAGCUAGUCAGUGAUGUCAUUGAUAUGAUGAACUACACAUCGACCGACAGCUUAAGAGACAGAGCUUAUCGGAAACAUAGGUCUGAUGUUACAAACCAUGGCAACUCUGAAACUGAAGCUGAGAGGCAGCACUCAGGAGAGACAGACGUUUCCUCUUUGACACCUGACACCCAGGAGAGUGAGGAAGCGUUCACACGGCCUGCUGCGUCCUGGAAGCUCCCAAACAUUUACAGCACAAAGCCAGUUCGGAUCACUGCGGAGAAAACCACAGGGAAUGGACAAAAUAUUCCACCAGUGAAGGUUGGAGACUUCAUAAGGACGUUUCCAUUUAACAGGGCUACUCUGAAAGCCUCGCAGCAUGAACUGGACAUAAGGACAGUCCUACAGGAGAUUCAGAGCCUAACUGGACAGUUGGUUUCAGGCAAAGGACACAAGAUGAAGAGCAGGAGAGAAGAGAAGGUGACAGCAGAUAAGGAUGCUGAUACUGACUUUGAUUCGCUGUUGUGGGGACCAAAAGAUCCUCCAUUGAUCAGCCAAUGCUUCAAAUCAACUUAA